AUGCUCCUCCUCGGCCUAACAGGGUCAAUCGCGACAGGUAAAUCCACCGUAUCAUCCAUCCUCUCCGCACCACCCUAUUCCCUCCCCAUAAUCGACGCCGACAUCCUCGCGCGCCGCGUCGUCGAGCCAGGAAGCGCAGGCUACGCCAAAAUCCUCGCCCACUUCCAGCCCAGCACGCCAGACCUGCUCCUCCCUUUCCCAGAUGACGCGACGUAUAAUCGGAGUAAAGGCGCGCCUUUGAAUAGGCCUGCGCUCGGGAGGAGAGUCUUUGGGGAUAGUGAGGAGAGGAGGAAGGAUCGCGCAGUGUUGAAUGGGAUUGUGCAUCCGGCUGUGAGGAGAGAGAUGUAUAAGGAGUUGUUGAAGUGUUAUUUGAGGGGGUGUUGGGCGGUGGUGCUGGAUGUGCCGUUGCUGUUUGAGAGCAGUUUAGAUGUGUUGUGUGGGACGGUUAUGGUUGUUGCGGUUAGGGAUCCGGAGAUUCAGAUGAAGAGGUUGAUGGAUAGGGAUGCGCAUUUGACGAGGGAAGAUGCGGAGAAUAGGGUAGGUAGUCAGGGAGAUGUGAGGGAGAAGGCGAGGAGGUGUGAGGCGAGAGGUCCUGGGAAGGGAGUCGUGGUUUGGAAUGAUAAGGGGAAGGAGGAGUUGAAAGGAGAGAUCGAGAGGGUAAUGAACGAGGUGAGCAGAGCAAGUCCGAGGUGGUGGGCAUGGUUGUUACUCCUAUGUCCACCGCUCGCUGGACUCGCUGGCAUCUGGAACUACUGGAGAGGUUUGGUCAUCAACAAAAGGUGGAAAGAGGGUGAGCUACAAGCGAAGGCUAAACUUUGA